AAGCUUUGUUUCACAGGAUGAGCAUUGUGCAUUGAAUUUUGGCUACUCGAGUCUACUCCUUCUUCUAUUAAUAUGUUCGGUACGUGAGCCAGUACCACAAAACAAACCAUGGAGACGAAACAGUCUCUCCCUAAACAAGAUAGAAUUAUGGCUGUUCGUCGAAGGGGGCGGCAGCCGGCUAGCGGAACGAAGCUUUUUUCAACGAUUAUAGGGUCUACUACAGUUGCGAGAUUCUUCGUUGCUCCUGUUGUACUUCUAUCCCGCGUUGUAGUGGCUGGAGAUGAGCCAUCAGGACUUUUUGCGCAUUCACCUUUUGGGGGUCACAAUCCUGGCCCACAACGUCUUUCAGGUCAUGGCGGAAGUUUCUCUGAACAGUUCGUAGUGCGAGGCUCCACAGCUUUCGCCCCUCAAGAUAGUGCGACUUCGGGUGACAAUUCGGUACCAGAUUCAUCUGCUGUUCAUGCUGCGGAAGCAACGGGUCAAACAGGGAAAUUGGGAGAAAAGAUGACCGUACCUCCAGCAAGUUUUCCCACAGAUCAGAGAAGUAAAGGUCAUCAAGCGGAUGGAGAAUCAGCUAGUGCUACUGGUACUACCGAAGAUGGGUCAGGCUCGGGCGGUUUUUACGCACCUUCAAACAAGAAAAGUAAUGGAGCGCCCCUGCCGAAUCUUUCACAAGGUCGUUCACACCAUCUGAAUCACGACAGCGUAGACGUCCCGUCCUCGACUACAACCGCGCCAAGAUCAUUUUUCGCAUCAGUGCAACAGUACGUCGAUAGCGCCCAUCCGACUCUCUUUCGAGGAUUGGUCGUGCUUGCUGGUGUGGCGCUGCUUCUGGUGGUGCUCGUCCUCGUAGAAAAAUGCUGCUCUCGACGGUCAGAGGAUGUACGAGGCAUCUCAGUUUCAGGGGAAACAGCUACACUCACAACGCGCUUGACUGCGCCUGUAGAUGAAGAUUUACAGUCAGCAGAAUGAGGAAAGCAUGGGCAUGAGGCGAGCGUUGAUAUCACUACACCAAUUUGCUUCUGACUUUCUUUUUCGAAUAAACAAGUAACUAUGCAUGAUGUAUGAUAACAAGCCCACUGACUUUGGAAGAUCAACUCCGUCUAUCACUUGCUCGGGACCACAAAGAACAACGCGCAUUUGACUUCUGUAAACAAGGUUUCACUGUCGCAUUUGAGGGGCACCUCGCGCGACGUACUGUGCAUAGCGGUCGCUCUGAUGUUUAUGUGGAAACGCUAC